AUGAAGUUCAACUUUGCAUCAGUCACAUUAUUUUUCACAGCUGCAGUUUCAACUGUUGCUGCUAUGCCAGCCGCUUCAGCUCCAUUGGAAUUGACUCCUAGGGAGUUCGAUAUUGCCAACAAUGCUCUCCACAAUAUGGAACACUACAACACCAAGAGAUCUUUAUUGAGUGAAGCUGACAUUGUCAAAAGAGAAUCACAAAUUGUCACCGAUAUUUUGACCAUUAUCAAAGACACCAACUUGGCUCCAGGUGUUAUUGAAUAUUUCAUCUCCGACCCAACCUUGUCAAACAUCACCAUUAAUGUUAUUGUUUCUGCUAUCAAAAACGGUUGGAUUAACUUGGACACAUUGUUGAAAUCAUUAAACGACUCUGGAUUGGCUGUUGAUGUUAUUCAAAACCUUAUCAACGAUUGUGCUUUCUAUGCUCAAAUCUUCAAAUUGGUUGGCCAAUGGCUCGAAAACUUGCCAAACAUUAUUGCAAACUUGUUGGGUAUUAACGCUGCUGCCGUUUCAUCUGCUGUUGACAAGAGAGAAAUUGCUAGAAUGGGUGCAGAAUACAUCUCCCCAGUUUAUGCUAGAGACACCCAAGACAUUCUUACCUCAUUGAUGGAAUCAUUAAAGAACUCUGGUUUGGCUAACCAAGUUGUUGAAGCUUUGGUUGUUGAUGAUGACUUCUACACCUGGGGUGGUGAAUUGAUUUCAAGAUUGUUCUCCUCCGGUGCCAUCACUCUUGGUGAAUUGAUUGAUGCUUUAGUUGACUCUGGUUUGAUCCCAUCCCUUAUCAAGGCUUUCUUGAAUAUUGACACCCUUAAAUCAGUUAUUGUUAACGCUUUGGCUGCUGCAUUCGGAAACUGUAAGGACACUUCAACCACCUCAUCAAUUGUCACCACUCCAACUGGUGGUCCAGCUCCAACUGUUACUACUGGUAGUGCUGAUCUUAGUUCACUUCUCAGUGACACUUCAUUCAGUACCGUCACUACAACUGGUACUCCAAGCAAGUGUAAGAAGAAGAAGAGAUCAACUUAA